AUGCAGGCUAUGUAUACGCGUGUGAGUUUGUGCUGGCGCGCGCAGGCUCGAGGCAGCGACAGAUGGCGGGCUCCUCUUCCCCCGGGAAGGCAAUCUCUGCGAAUGCGAGCGCGUGUCAAUCACCCGCUCUUAUGUGAUGGCUGCUGCCAGUGACGUGCCCGCCAUAUGGCCUGGCAUCAGAGCUGGUACGUAACCCUGCCUGCUAGCGAUGCCACAACGUUUCCGAGCUCGGCCGGGAGAAGGAUAGCACACACCGGAGCUCGCGCAUAGGAAGGCUGUACACUCGCACACACAACCGCGCCUACUCUUUUACCGGAGCGUCCUAAGGCACGAGUCCCCUAAGAUGAAGUAAACAAGCGUGCUCCCGCCCCGCAUACAGCUCUACGACGGAGGGUCGCCAUGCUGACGAGGUUGUUCAGCGAGCAGGCUCUGCUGCCCGACGUCCAGAAGUUCCCGGGUUGGGUGGAGGACAGCGCGAGCGACGAUUCCAAAACCAAGGACGACGAGCACGAGCACUGUCCUCUGAGGGACGAGGACUUGGACGAGGACAUGAAGGGCGGCAGCAGCCUCGCGCCCUCUGAGAUGACCGCGGAUGAUGGUGAGGAGGACGAGGUCGACGAGGAUGAUUGCGGAGAUGACGUCGACGGAGACAGACCCAAGAGGCGCGGGCCCAAAAAGAGGAAGAUGACUCCCGAGCGGAUAGAACGUGGCAAGGUGCGCCGCCACAAAGCGAAUACGCGUGAACGCACGCGCAUGCACGACCUGAACUCUGCUUUGGAUAACCUGCGUAAGGUGGUGCCCUGUUACUCCAAAACACAAAAACUGUCAAAGAUAGAGACUCUGAAGCUCGCUAGAAACUAUAUAUGGGCUCUCGGGGAGAUUCUGCGCAAUGGGAAGAAACCAGACGUGGUUAACUACGUACAGACGCUGUGUAAAGGCCUUUCUCAGCCCACGACAAAUCUGGUGGCGGGGUGCUUGCAGCUCAACUCGCGAAACUUCCUGACGGAGCAGUGCCAGGAGGGCGCGCGCUACCACAUGCCCAAUCCCGCCUUUUCUUUACACGGGUUCCCAUAUCAGUGCCCCCGGAUGUCCAGUCCCCAGUGCCAGACCAGCUCCGGUGGCCACGGGAUGAGGAAUCCUUCCUACUGCUCCUCCUACGAGGCAGUUUAUGCGGGGGGAGCAUCUCCAGAUUACAACAGCCCCGACUACGAGGGGGGCCCUCACAGUCCUCCGGUGUGUGUCAACGGCAACUUUUCACAAAGACAACAAGAGCCCGUCUCGCCAAACGCUGAAAGGGGCUACCACUAUUCUAUGCAUUAUUCCGGCCUGUCGGGGCCGCGCCCUCCCGCCGCACAUAGUCUGCCGUACGGCACGGGGGCGCGCGGCGGCGGCGGGUCCCAUUCUGAAAAUGUCCCGCCGUUCCAUGAUGUCCACGGGGGCCACGAGCGAGCACCUGCGUACGAGGAACUAAACGCAUUUUUCCACACCUAGAGCACUGGACCUUCAUCCCUCUCUUUCCCUCCAAACCAUGGAAAUGUACUACAAGUGUUUAACGGCUGUUUAUGCUGCCUAUAGGCCCAAGACAAUCCAACAGUUUGUAGGGGACACAAACUCCUCCUCUAAAUUCUAAAUUGUGGGUUGUUUGCUUUCACUGGUCCUAUGUAUUUAAGCUCUAGGCCUCCUGCCAUGGGACGAACAAUUGAAGUAAAAUAUCAGUGGUUCUAACGAGGAAGAGUGCAAUGAUUAUAAUAAUGCAAAUGUUUUACGUGUAAAAAAAAAAAGAAAAAGUGUCACAUGUAAUAAACCCUUAAUAUAAAAUAAAUAUAAAAAUCCAACUUUAACUUUCUUUGCGCAAGUUGAAUGAUUGUUCGAAUGUGGGUGGGAGUUUCAGGCUGACUGUUGCAUUCAUUAAGAGAUUGAA